AUGAUUGACAAGCUACUGGUGCUAUUCUUCAUUCUACAAAACGUAUCAGGCCGAACUAUUGGAAACGGUGUUGAAGCAAAUGGUGGAGCAACAGGGAUCGGUGGCGGCAUAGGCAGCGGUGUUGCACCCAACGGCUUCUCAAUUGGAAGCGGAGUACGUCCAACUGGAAGUCCUGCAAUGGAUGGUGGCCAGGGCGGCAUAAUCGGAGGAGGCGUAAGGCCACGGGAGGGAUCCUCAGUUGGAGGAAAUAUUCGUCAAGAUAGAGCAGCUAUAGGAGACGGGGUACGUCAACCCGAGAGUUCGAUCGGAGACGGAGUUCAGCAAAACGAUGGCUCCAUUGGAAGUGGAGUUCAUCAACAAAACGGUUUGAUUGGCGAUGGUGUAACCGUGCGUCGAAUUAGAUCGAUAGGAAACGGCGUUCAAGCAUCAGACGGUUAUCCAACCCAAGUCAUCUAUUGGAAGUGGUGUUCAUCAAAGCGGUACAUCCAUUGGAAGUGGCGUAAUUGUGCAGCCGCCCUCCUCGAGAAACAGCUUUCAUCACCACAAGACCUCAAUUGGUGA